UGUCUAACGAAUAAAGAUUUUUUUUUUUUUUAAAUAUGGCAAUGAAGCUUUGAUUUGUAGGGAAAAAAGGGAAUUGGAAGAUUUUUGUGUUCAGAGUUCAUUUUAAGAAGGGAUUUGUAGAAACCCAGUUGAGAACUCAGCCAUGGCUAUGCACGUGAGCAACGCGUGCUUUUCAGUAUUCAGCCAUGGGAGAGUCCAGAGAAUCAGAGCUGCUGCUUCUGAGGAUUUUGCUACAUUGAAAACAGAGGAAGAUAAGGUCAAGUUGGGAAAUUCGGAUUUGAAGGUCACAAAGCUUGGGAUUGGAGCUUGGUCAUGGGGUGACACUAGCUAUUGGAAUAACUUUGACUGGGAUGAUAGGAAAAUGAAGGCCGCCAAGGCUGCUUUCAACACCAGCAUUGACCGCGGCAUAACCUUCUUCGAUACAGCUGAAGUUUAUGGCUCAAGGCUUGCUUUGGGUGCCAUAAGUUCUGAAACUCUAUUAGGAAGAUUUAUCAAGGAAAGGAAGCAAAAGGAUCCAGAUGUGGAGGUAGCAGUUGCAACCAAAUUUGCAGCUCUGCCAUGGAGGUUCGGUCGUCAAAGCGUGCUCAUUGCUCUUAAGGAUUCCCUCAAUCGCCUUGAACUUUCUUCAGUUGAACUCUAUCAACUUCAUUGGCCUGGAGUAUGGGGAAAUGAAGGGUAUAUUGAUGGUCUCGGAGAUGCUGUUGAGCAAGGGUUGGUGAAGGCUGUUGGUGUUUCAAACUACACCGAAAGGAGACUGCGUGAUGCAUAUGAGAAGCUUAAAAAGAGAGGUAUCCCACUGGCUUCAAACCAAGUGAAUUACAGCCUCAUUUACAGAAUACCAGAGGAAAAUGGUGUGAAGGCUACCUGUGAUGAACUUGGAAUCAGUUUGAUUGCCUAUUCACCAAUUGCCCAAGGUGCUCUUACAGGCAAGUAUACACCAGAAAAUCCACCAGAUGGCCCUCGGGGGAAAAUUUACACUCCUGAAUUUUUAACAAAGCUUCAACCUUUAAUUAACAGAAUUCGAGAAAUUGGAGAGAACUACGGUAAAACGCCCACACAGGUGGUCCUUAACUGGCUGAUAGCCCAAGAAAACGUUGUGCCAAUCCCAGGAGCUAAAAAUGCAGAACAGGCUGCAGAAUUUGCCGGUGCCCUUGGAUGGAAGCUGACCAAUGACGAAAUAAGCGAGCUGAGGUCCUUAGCUUCAGAAAUCAAACCUGUUAUUGGUUUCCCAGUUGAGAAAUUAUAGAUCAUGAAAUAAUGUACCACACACAUUCUUCUAUACAUGAAUUAAAACUUCAGUACAGAAUGAAGGAGCUAAGCUAUUAUACAUCAAAAAAAAUUACAUAUGUAAUUAUAAGUCAACAUUUAAUAUUCAAGGUCUUUGAUUUUGAUUC